AUGGAUUCGGAAUUCGUUCACAUAUCUACCAGUUUGCGAUUACAGCUCGGUUAUGGCAUUGGGCAUGUAUUAAAUGAUGUCUGUGCAAGUUUAUGGUUUACAUAUUUCUUAGUAUAUUUUCAUUUAGUGCUUGAGUUUACUGCUUCCCAGUCAGGGACUCUAAUGUUAAUUGGUCAAGUUAUGGAUGCUGUAUCAACACCAUUUGUGGGUUACCAUUCAGACCAUACAGAUAAUCACAUAAGCUUAAAAUAUGGUCGACGGAAACUGUGGCAUUUGUUUGGUACCUUCUGUGUUCUAGCAUCUUUUCCGUUCAUAUUCUCAGAAUGUAUUGGAUGUACAUCGGCACACAAAUGGGCUCAAAUGUAUUAUUAUGCAUCAUUUAUUAUCAUAUUCCAAAUAGGAUGGGCUGCCGUGCAGAUAUCCCAUUUAAGUUUAAUCCCGGAGUUGUCGGAAGAUGACCAUACCAGGACACAUCUGACUGCAAUCAGAUAUGGUUUCACAGUAUUCUCAAAUCUAUUUGUUUAUAUCAUAACAUGGAUUAUAUUACAUUUGACUGGGGAAUGUGACAGACAUCAAGUGGGACCUACUGACGCUUGGAAGUUUAGGCAUAUUGUCUACAUAGUAUUAGGACUAGGAACAUUAGCAUCAAUAAUAUUUCACUUCUCCGUAACUGAGAAAAAUAACUAUUUACGUCGUGAUCAACUUUUAGAAGGCGAAAGUGGUGCGCAUUAUGAUUUUCUACGCAAACCACACAUGUAUCAGGUGGCAGGGGUUUACAUGUGUACAAGGUUGGUGGUGAAUAUAUCACAGGUGCUCAUCCCCUUAUACCUCCAUCGGACUUUAGGGCUGGCUGCACGAGCCCUAGCUGUAGUUCCUCUCGCCUUGUACCUGGGCAGUCUGGCUGCUGCUGGAGUCCAGAGGUUGGCACCAAGGUCCUUCACGAGAAAACUUAAUUAUUUGACCGGUUCCGCAUGUGCUAUUGCUGGUUUUGUGUGGAUUUAUCUUGGAUCAGAUGAUGAUUAUAAAGUGUAUUUCAUUUAUGUGGUUGCUGUGUUAAUAGGUUUUGGUGGUGCAGUGAUGUUGGUGACAAGUCUAGCUCUGACGGCUGACCUGGUUGGCGCUAGGACGGAAGCUUCUGCCUUUGUAUACGGCCUCAUGAGUUUCACUGAUAAGCUCGCGUGCGGCGUCGCCAUUGCGAUUAUACAAGCCUAUGCCGAUGGAGCUGACCCUGCGUACUAUGCGAAUGCGUUGGUGUGGGUGUGUGGUAUAGCAGCGAUUGCGGGACUGAUACUCACACUACUGUUACCUAAAUUCCGAUCUGAUGCCUUACUAGUUAGUGGAGAAUCCUCAAUUAAUAAUUCCGACGUAAACACUGAAGAACAGGAACCAGCGCUGAUAGAAAGGAUUUGA